AGAGCAUGAGAAGCUUAGAAAAAGAUAUCAAUCUUUGUUAUUUCUCACUCUUUCUCUUCUUAUUUUGUCCCUAGCUCUUCACUUUGUUUUGAUCCCUAUAUGGAACACGAGGGCAAGAACAAUAUGAUUGGGAUGGAGAUGGAGAAAGGAAAGAGAGAGAGUGGGUCGAGAAAAGGAGUUGAGUUACCGAUGAGGUUGUUGGCUUUGGUCCUAACAAUGGCGGCUGCAACAGUACUUGGUGUCGCAAAGCAAACAAAGGUUGUGUCUAUUAAGCUUAUUCCCGCUUUGCCUCCUCUUGAUAUCACUACAACCGCCAAAGCCUCUUACUUGUCGGCCUUUGUGUACAACAUUUCUGCAAAUGCGAUAGCUUGCGGUUACACAGCGAUCUCGAUAGCGAUUCUGAUGAUCAGUAGGGGAGGAAGAAGCAAAAAGUUGUUAAUGGCGGUUUUGCUAGGAGAUCUAGUGAUGGUGGCUUUGCUGUUUUCGGGCACCGGAGCCGCCAGCGCAAUUGGGCUAAUGGGUUUGCAAGGGAACAAGCAUGUUAUGUGGAAGAAAGUUUGUGGUGUUUUUGGAAAAUUCUGUCACCGAGCUGCUCCUUCCCUUCCUCUCACUUUUCUUGCUGCAGUUGUGUUUAUGUUUCUUGUUGUUCUUGAUGCUAUUAAGCUUCCCUAGUUUACUUUUUCUGUUUCUUGUCGUUUCGUGUUAUGUAAAAAUAAAAUCAUUAUCAACAA